UAGAUAUCUGAGGGCUGAGGGGGUCUAAUUAUUAUAAUUUAAUAAUAUUCCAUUUAUUUAUACCCACUGGUAAUUAAAGAUUUGGUUAUUUGAAUUUGGAAAGUUUGUCUAUUUUUAUUUUAUUAAUCAGUUACUAAUGCAGGAAAGUUUGCCAUGUUAACACGGAGUAAAAGAUUCUCAACAGCUGCUGAUAAAGAAAACAGUAACAUAAAUUUAAUUCCGAUCAAAAAGGAAAUAAAAACCGAGCAGGAGGAGGUGACUGGAAUAUCACAUGGUUUCAUUUGUCCGCAAUGUGAAGCUCACUUCCUUUAUGAUGAGUUCUUUGUGGAACAUAUCAGAGAACAUCAUGGUGAAACGAUCAAUGAUAUGUCUACUAAAGAUGUCCUGUUAAACUCUUUACGAUCAUCAGAUAGGUUAGGGAAAGAAAAUACUUCUCUUGUUGGGAAAGCUUUUAAAUGUGACGAUUGUUCUUAUACCUGUAAUGAGAACAGUGAUCUUGUGAAACAUUUUAAAUGCAUUCACACGGGAGAGAAACCCUACAAGUGUAACCAAUGUUCAUAUUCUUGCUCUGAUAAAUCAAGUCUUAUUAUACACAAUCGUACUCACACGAGAGAGAAACCUUACAAGUGUAAGGAAUGUUCAUAUUAUAGUGCUCAGAAAGGUGAUCUCAAGAAACAUAUGAGGACUCACACAGGAGAGAAACCCUACAAGUGCAACGAAUGUUCGUAUUCUAGUGCUCAGAAAUGUUCGCUCACAGCGCAUAUAAGGACUCACACCGGAGAGAAACCCUACAAGUGUAAGGAAUGUUCAUAUUGUAGUGCUCAGAAAGGUGAUCUCAAGAGACAUAUGAGGACUCACACGGGAGAGAAACCCUACAAGUGUAAUGAAUGUUCAUAUACUUCCUCUGUUAAAUCAAAUCUUAUUACACACCAACGUACUCACAUGGGAGAGAAACCCUACAAGUGUAACCAAUGUUCGUUUUGUAGUGCUCGGAAAGGUGAUCUCACAUUACAUAUUAGGACACACACGGGAGAGAAACCCUACAAGUGUAAUGAAUGUUCAUAUACUUGCUCUGUUCAAUCUAAUCUUAUUAUACACCAACGUACUCACACGGGAGAGAAACCCUACAAGUGUAAGGAAUGUUCAUAUUCGUGUGCUCAGAAAGGUCAUCUCUCAUUACAUAUAAGGACUCACACUGGAGAGAAACCCUACAAGUGUAAGGAAUGUUCAUAUACUUGCUCUGUUAAAUCAAGUCUUGUCAGACAUCAACGUACUCAUACGGGAGAGAAACUCUAAAAUUGCCAGGAAUGUUCUUAUAUAACAACUUUUAUACUUGUUCUGAUCAGUCACACUUUAUUAGAUACCAGCGUAUUCACGGGUAAAGAAUGUCAGUUUACUUCCACUUUUAUAUUAUUAGUUGAACAACAACGAGGUAUGAUCUAUGGUUGCAUUUAAAGUUUAGAAAUAAUCUCCACCAAUGUUUAGAGCUAUGUUUGAAAUGAAUUUUUCUGAUUUUUAAAUGAAAGAAUUUUGCAGUUUGUUGCACAAAUAAGUAAGGAAUUAAUCAUA